AUGAAUUAGAGUAACUUGCCUGCUAUUAACCCGACAACUGCGAACCAGAUUGAUGAUUUAUUUUCUAAAGCUGAUGCUUUAAUGUUUAGAGAUAAAAAUUACACUGAAUCUGAAAAACUCUACCGACGGGCAUUAGAAAUUGAUCCUACUUCAGUUGAAGCACUAAACUCGCUGGCUAAUUGUCUGAGAAUUGGAAAUGCGAAUGCUCCUUAACAAAAAUCAGCUAACGUUUUGGAUUAGAUAAUAGAAAUCUACAAUUAAUCUCUUUAAAUCGAUCCUGAUGACAUAGAAGCUAACUUUAGCUUGGGGUUGAUUUACUUGUAACAGAAAUAGGAUUUGGAUAGUUCUUUGAAUUACUUCCUUAAAUCAAUUAAAAAAGAUGAUCCCAGAUCAUCAAGUCUAAAUAGUCCAAACAAGAAUCCAAAGAACAAAUCUGUUAAUAGAUCUAUGGAUACACUCUAGAGCCAAUAGAAUCUGGAAGCCUUUUAAUAAUAAAUUCAAGAACUAUUCAAAGGCUAAUUCGCCAAAGCAUAUUUUAAUAUUGGAAUGAUUUAUGACAGAUUGGGGGAGAUUAGUCAGGCUGGGAUUUAUUACAAAAAAUGCAUGAGUAAAUGUGAAAGUGAUGACAGCUAAAUACUACAAAAAAGCAUGAUCUACGUGAAAGCAGUUACUAACUAUGCUAUAACUAGAGAAAAGCAAGGAAAAAGAGAUAAUAGUAUUAAGUUACUAUAGAAUCUUAGCAGAGAUCAUGGAACUGAAGUCAGAAUCUUGAAUAAUCUAGGAAUCUUAUAGAAGAGGACUGGAAAUGGUGAUAAAGCAUAAAAACUAUUCAAAACCGCCUUGGAGCUUGCUAGAACUUAACAAUAAAAUGAUAAGACUAAGAAGAAUUAAAAUUCCCAAAAUUAAAAUGACAGCUUUUUCCCUCAUUACAAUCUAGGAGUACUUAAAGCAACUCUCUAUGGCUAGCCUGAUCAAAAUAAUGAUGUUAAUGAUAAUCAUGCUCUUAAAUACUUCUAAAAAGCCUACUAAUAUGCGAAAGCUACUAAUGAGGAGGUCUAUCAAGUUAAUGUUCUUCUAAAUAUGUCUAUUAUCUAUGAGAGAAACAAGAAUAUUGAGAAAGCUAUUGAAUUAGUUUAAGAUAUCUUAAAGAUCAAUCCAGGAUCAAAGAAGUUCAGAAAGCGACUCGAAGAUCUUUAGAAUUAGAAAAAUGAGAAAGACAAAGAAACAGAUGCUAGAGCUUAAUCACAGUUACUUGCUAAAUAAUAAAAACUCAUUUUAGAACAGCAGAAAAAAUAAGAAGAGGAGAAAAAAUAAUUUGAAAUUACUGAAAAUAGAGAGGACAUAAUAGUUAUAGAUGAAAUUAAUGAGUAAUAGUUAGAGACCCAAAUUUAUGAUUAAUAAGAUCAGAAUUAAGAUGAAUAAGACUUAAAUCUGGAUGAAUAAAAUUAAAGUUUAUAAGACCAAUUAUAAGACUAAAAUGAGGAACUUUAAGAAGAAAUCAAAGAACAGUCAAAGAGCUAAUUAAGCAAAAGAUAGUCGAUUGAUAUAUAAUAAGAAUCAGAAAAAGAAGUAAAUAAAAGUGUAGGAUCUAAAUAGUAAUCUGUUAUUGAACCUAAAUUAGUUAAUGAGCAAAAAGAAGAAGCGAUAAUUGAAAUGGUCAAGCCAAAAAUUAGAAUAUUGAAUAUGAAUUCCAAAUCGGAAAACACAUUAAUUAAGAAACAAACAUUAAAUUCGGAUAAGAGUGUUAGGAACUCAGAAUAAAAUGAAAAGGCUAUAUUGCCUUUAUCGAUUUUAAAGCAAAACUCUGAGUUUUAAGAUUAAAAUUUAAGUAUGCUUUAGCUAGACAUGGAUAGAACUCAAUAAUCAUUCAAGUCAAUUUUAUAGGCAACUCCUAUACAGUAAAACAUGGAAAUAAGCAGAAAAGCACUAGGCUCUAGGCAAUCAGUUAGGAGAAAUGAAUCAAUUGAUCAUGAAAAAAUUGUUCAAGGUCUAGACAUUUUGGAUGAUUAAUAACCCUAGUUAGAAGAGAAAAACAUUGAUGAUGAAGAGAUUAUGAUACCAGAAGAUGCAGGGUCGGGUGAAUAACACUAUAAAGCUCUUAAUACAGUAUUGCUUGAGCAAAAUAAUCUGGCAAAAGUUUAAUCCCAAUAGCUAGGGGAAAUGGAAGACCAAAUUUAUGAGGAAAAUUAACAAGAGGAAGAGGAGUAUGAGGAUAUAAAGGAGGAAUAGGACAUGGAGUAGUUAGAAAUUAGAUCAACUGUGAGAUCAAGAUAAUCAGUAAGAGAAAAAGUAAAAGAAGCUCAUGAAGAUGAUGAAAAGGUGGAAGCUUAUGAAGAAAUAAUAUAAUAAGAAACUAUGAUUGCAAAUGACGAACAGAAUUUAUAAUUGGAACCUGAAGGAGAUACUAGUAGUAAUGUUAUGUAAGAAACAUAAUUUCUUGGAGAAGAGCUAAAAGAAGAAAUUUUAGAAUAAGUUCAAGAAGAUUAAUAAUAAGAAGAUUUAUAAGUAGAGGAAGAAACACAGUUAUAAGAAGAAAUACAAGAAUCUCCAUAAUAGGAGGAAGAAUAAGAACCCCCAAAAUAAGAGGAAGAGUAAGUAUUUCCUUAGAGAGCUGCUAGUCAAAUAUCUGUCUCUUAGUCUAAGAGAUCUACUAUGUAUCAAGAAGAUGAUUUCUUAUUCUGGAAUAGAGAAGAAUGCAACUUGAGAAUUGAAGCAAAUCCUAAAGAUCUAAAAGCAAUUUUCAGAUUGGGAAUAAUAGAUUUAGCUGAGCAAUAAAAUGAAUCAGCUGUAAAACAAUUCCUGUAAGUAGUUGAUUUUGAUCCCAGUUUCAUGCAGGUUCAUGUCUGCAUGAAACUUGGAGAGGUCUUUUACAAAAUGGACUAGUGUGAAAAAGCAUAUGAAUGGUUCAUGUAAGCAGAAGAAGCAAUUAAACCAAAAGAAGAUUAUUUGAUCGAACUUUUUAAAGCCAAAUCACUAGAUAAGAUUAAGAGAUUUGAUGAAGCAAUUACGAUGUAUUAGAAAGCAUUAGAGUUAUAUGAGGUAGAUGAAGUUAUCGAUAAUUAGCUUAAGGGAAAUAUUUAUUUCAGGCUUGGGUGGGCAUUCGUCAGAAGCAAAAAGAGCAUGUAAUAAGGAGUUGACUAUUUAAAACAAGCAUAGGGUUUUCUACCUUAAAACUAAGAAGUCAAUUCUAAAUUAGCUGGAGUUUUAUUCAGAGAACUGAACAAAAGUGAAGAAGCAUUGACUUAUAUAAAUAAUGCUCUCGAAAUUCAACCAGAUAAUAAUGAUUCUAUGAUUCUUAAAGGUAAAAUUCUUGAUAAGCUCACAAGAUAUCAAGAGGCUACCGAAAUCUAUAGCAAAGUUCUGCAAGUACAGUUCGCCCUGAAAGAAGAAAAUAAGAUUACCCCUUAAGUAUUUGCAAACACUCAUUUUUAUAUGGGUUAAACUUACGAGAAGAUGAAAGAUUAUAAGAAGUGCGCAACAUAUUAUAAAAAAUGCUUGACUCUUGAUUCUAAGAAUCUAGGGGCUUGUAUACAUUUAGCAAACCUUCUUGCCAGUAUUAAUGAAGGAGAAAGAGCCUUAAAAUACUAUAAGCAUGCUCUAAAGUAAGAUCCUGAAUCAAUCAGCAUUAAUUAUGGAUUAGCCAAGACUAUGUAAUAAUUCUAGCCAGAAAAUAAAAAAAUAUGCUUAAGGCAUUAUGAAUUUAUAGUUAAAAAGGAACCGAAUCAUUUUAGAGCUAUGACCUAGAUGGCUCUGAUAUAAAUGGAGAUUGGAUAGUACGAAUUAGCAGCUGAGACAUUGAAGAAGUCAAUAUCAUUGAAUAAGAAUUACAUUCUAUCCUUAAUAACUAUGGGAAAUCUUUUAUUUGAAACAGGCCAUUCUGAAGAUUCGAUCAAAUACUACAAAUAUGCAAUGAAUAUUAAUAAUAAAGAUAUAUAAGCAGUCAUAGGCAUUGCUAAUGCACACUAUGAUCUUAAAAAUCUUAAGAAAGCAGUUUAAUUCUAUCAACUAGCUUUGGAAAUAGAUUCAAAGAACUCUGAUGUUCACUAUAAUCUUGGAAAUGCACUUUAUCUUUCCUAAUAAGUCGAGCUUUCAAUAACUCACUAUAAAAUAGCAAUAGAGAUUAACCCUAAGAAAUCUGAAGCUCAUUAUAACCUAGGAAACGCACUAUGCGGAAAAUAGGAUUUUGAUUCUGCUAUUAAGGCCUACAAUGAUGCUUUAGCCUUAGACCCUAAAAAUGCUCCAGCUUAUUAUAAUAUGGGUAAUGCUUAUUAUAUGAUGAACAAAUUCCAAGAAUCUAUCGAUACAUAUGCUAAAGCUCUAGAGAUAAAUGAAAAGAAUGCAGAGACUCAUUUCAAUAUUGCAUCAGCUUAUAAUGAUAUCGAAAAAACUGACAAAGCUAUCUAGCAUUACCUGAGAGCAAUUGAAUUAGACAAAAAUAACUUUGACACUUAUCAUAGCUUAGGUUAAAUCUAUGAAAGUCAAAAGAGAUUUGAUCUUGCUGACAAACUUUAUAAGUAGAUUUUGCAAAUAUAGCCUGGCAAUCAAAGAGCCGUUGAAGCUAUAAGUAAAAUCAAAGGCAAAAAAUGA